AUGAUCGGAUCCGUGAUCACUUCCACUGGAGAGGUCUGUUUAAGAGUGUACAACGAUACGCAAGGGAAGCCUCAGAUCCAGGGCGAAUCGCCUGGUAACCUUCAGGCAACGUACCAAUUUGAGAUCAUUGCCAGGGAUCAUAUACCCUCACUGCCGAGAUCCUUCAACAGCAACACUGAAUUGCUGCUCUUUGGGGACCUAUUCUCAGGAUAUGUGAUCGCCAAAGCCAGCGCCUCUAGAUGCGCUCAAACGAUCGCCGAGACUUCCGAAGAAUGUGUCUUUCGUCGAUUUGGCGCGAGCGAGGUGAUCCGACAUGACCAGGAGCCAGGCUUUAUGUCUGAUUUCUUUAAGUCGUUCAACAGGAUCCUGGGACAACGUCAACGGGCUACUAUGUCAUAUAGGCCCCAAGCCAAUGGAUCUGCGGAACGUAUGGCCCAGACAACUACCAGAGCUCUUAAGAUGUACGUGGAAGAUCUGGGUCAACGAGAUUGGGAUGAGUAUGCUGAACGGCUCACCUUCGCGAUCAAUACCGCAAGGGAUCUGAUCCGAGGCGAGACACCUUUCUAUAUGAUACAUGGUUGGGAUCCUAGAUCCACCCUAGAAGCCGUGAUCCCGGUGGAGAGCACUCGCAUGCAUGAUCGAGAUCCGAGAAGAUGGCGAUAUCGGAUGCAAAAGUGCAAUCAACAAGCUCGAGAACAAGUGGACCAGCGUUUACGCGAAGCGAUUGCGGAUCGGGCUGACAUGCAUAAUGAUCUAGUACGUCCUCACCCUGUAGAGUCUGGAUCAAGAGUCUGGUUAUACCUAGAUCGAGUGCGUGAUGGAUAUGCAAAAAGCUGGCGCAUUUUGUGGCAUGGUCCAUUCCACCUCGCCGAAAAGAUCGGGAAAUACGCAGUGAGGUUGGAGGGCGCAGGAUCAACAUACAGCAUUUUCCCGGUGGUGCAUGUCUCAAAUAUCAAACUGGUCAAAUAUUCCCAGGGAUCAGAAGAAGAUCGGGUGGACUUCGAUGAAGCUCUCCUACCUGAAGAUAGCUGGAUCCAAGAUCGGGAUCCGGAUGAAUACGAAGUGGAACGAAUCUCCGAUAUGAGAACUGGCAAGAGGACGAGAUACGGCCGGAUCUACCUGGUACAUUGGCGUGGAUACGAAGAUCCGACCUGGAUAGACGAGGCAUAUCUCAACUGCGGUGCUCUUCUUUAUGAGUUCUUGCGAUAUCGCGUUAAUCGCAACCGUUUCGGCAUGAUGCAAUCUCACGAGGAACCGUGA